AUGUUUUACAAUGCUUCAAAGUAUCCAAAUGAUGUAGCUUUGCUUAUGAAGCCAAGAGCACCAUUAAAAUUCCUCAAACAAUCUGACAAUCCAUUAAAUCAAAGGAAAACCAAUCCAAAUAUUUCAGGAGUCUCUAGUUUACUGUCGAAUAAUACGUUAACUGAUUAUAUGAAUGAGUUCCCGGUAGGCACAGAUAACAAACAUUUACAAAAGUAUGAACUUGUAAGGAACCAAAAAAUCAAUGAGUUGAAUAAAUUAGAUGAUGAAUUAAUGAAAUGGAAUCCAAACAACGAUCCUAAUGUCAAGGAUACUGAUCCUUAUAGAACGAUAUUUGUUGGUAGACUUCCGUAUGAUGUGAAUGAAAUGGAUCUACAGAAAUUAUUUAAUAAAUUUGGUCAAAUCGAAAAAGUUAGAAUUGUUAGAGAUAAAAAGACAAUAACCAAGACCAAUCCUCUCGGUAAUUCGAGAGGUUAUGCCUUUAUAGUAUUUGCUGAUCAAUUAAGUAGUAAAAUGGCAUGUAAAGAGAUAGGUGUUCAUCGAGGUAUUGAAAUAAAUGGAAGAAAUUGUAUAGUUGACAUUGAAAGAGGUAGAACAGUUAAAUAUUUCAAGCCAAGAAGAUUUGGCGGUGGGUUAGGAGGAAGAGGAUAUACGAAACGAGAAAGACUCACUAAGAUAACAUCUCAAAUCACAUCUAUUAGUACAGUUGAAACAGAGUUUUCUGGUAUGAAGAGAAAGGACCCAUUUCCGGGCAGACCAUCACACCAGACUCGAGUAAGCAGAUUUUCUAAUACAAAGUCGAUACAAGGUAGUAGAUAUAAUACAUAUACACCAACUUCAACAUUUACUUCGUCUACAGCUUCAACCAUUGAAUCCACUUCAACGAGACAUUUUGCAUCAACGGAAAUAACUGAACGUCAACCAAGCACCACAUACAGGUCAAGAUCAGCCAGAUCUCAAGAGUCUAAACAACAAGAUAGAUCUAACAUUCCAGAUUAUUGA